CCCCUCCGCGGGGGAGGGGGGGCGGAGAACGUGGCGGCCGGCGAUUGUGAGGUGCCUUGCGCGGUCACCAAAGGCGCGAUUGAUGCGCAAGCGAGUGGCGGAGCUGGGGAUACACUACUAGGGCGCCCAAGCAGCCGACGGUGGGGAGACAGCGCAGGAGCCUCAGACCCGGUUUUGAGCGGCGGGGGAGGGUUAAAAAAAAAGAGAAAGAGACAGAAAGGGGGUGAAACCCCAAAAAAUCACAUCCAAUCCAAUCCAGAACCCGCCAGAGGAGGAGGAGGAGGAGGAGGAGGAGAGAGAGAGAAGGGGUCCAAAACACAACACGGAAAAACAAACCAAAACACAAAAACCCAACAUCCAACCCACGAGAGAAAAGUUGAAAUCAAACUUUUUCCGCCUGGCUUUCCAGCACCCCGACUUCGCUUUUGGAGAGGAGACCGCGUGGGAGAUUGAGGGAGGGUAACCCAGGACUGUUAACAGCAAACACACAAAUUGUGAUCCACCUUGAAAACUGGUGAAGAUUGUAUUGACAGAUUUGGAGAGUCAAAACUGGACUUUGGAUCAUUAAAACUCCUGGGAAGUUAUGAAUGAAUCUCCAUCAGGAAGCGAAAAUUUGAAGCCGUCACCGAGAAACUAGAACCUAGAGAUGAAAGAGAAGCAUUUAUUCUUCGCCUUCAUCUUGUUUUAAAAGAUUAAAAACCAGAAGAGAAAGAAGAAGAAGAAAAAAAAAACCCCAAAGAAAUAUAUCAAAGCAAAUAUAAGGCCAGUUGAUUGUAACUCACCGAUCAGGGAAUCGAAGACAGCUGGUUAACGGUCUUUACACACACAUACACACAAAUCAAGCAAAAGUGGAUUUUUGGACUCCCAUCUUCUCGCUUUGGAGCAAAAGGCGUGGAUUUGGCUCCGUGGCACGGAGAAACUUACCCCCUAGGGCAAAAAAAAAAAAGAAUUUUGAUUUAUUCAGCCUGCCAGAAACUGGUUCAGGCCUUCUAAUGAGAAUGCGUCUUCUAUCCUAUGGAUAUCAGUUUUGAAUUGACCGAUGAAGAAGAUUGUUGGUGCCUUCUGGCGAUCGUGCUGGUACUUUGGGCCAUGGGCUGUAUCCAAAGCAUCAGCUGCAAGGCGAAAGGCUUUCGGGAGAGCAUCACCGUCUUGGAGAUCAAGACGUCCAUUGACCCCGUCCCCACCAACAUCGACGAGUCAUCCAGCGUGGUGUUGAGAUACCGCACCCCGCAUUUCCGCGCUUCGGCGCAAGUCCUGUUGCCUCCGGUGCCCAAAAAGGAGACCUGGAUUGUAGGCUGGAUACAGGCUUGCAGUCACAUGGAGUUUUACAACUAUUAUGGUGACCAUGGCAUGUCAAGUUGGGAACUUCCCGAUCUCCUCGAGGGCAAGAUCCAAGCCAUCAGCGACUCAGACGGCGUCAACUACCCCUGGUACGGGAACACCACCGAGACCUGCACCAUCGUAGGUCCCACCAAGAAAGAAGCCAAGUUCACCAUCAGCAUGAAUGACAAUUUCUACCCCAGCGUCACCUGGGCGGUCCCAGUGAGCGACAGCAACGUGCCCAAGCUGACUUGCAUCCACCGGGAUCAGAGCUUCACCACGUGGCUGGUGGCCACCAACACUACCACCAACGAGAUGGUCAUCCUGCAGACUAUCAAGUGGCGGAUGAAACUGGGCAUCGACGUGGAGCCCAGCCAUCCUCUCGGGCGCCGGGCCAAGCUGAGGGAACCUUCUGCUCAGGAGCAGCCCCAAAUCCUCAGCAAGAACGAGCCAAUACCACCCAGUGCCCUAGUCAAACCCAACGCCAACGAUGCCCAGGUCCUCAUGUGGAGGCCCAAUGACGGGCGCCCCCUAGUGGUGAUACCCCCAAAGCAUCGGUAAUCGGAACCCCCCUGUGGCAAGGGGGGGACAGAGGAACGGAGAGGGGUAAAACAAAAAAAAAACACUUCGUAUUUAUGAGAGAGAGAAAAAAUCAGCAAAAACAGAGGUGCACUUUUAAACUCAUUUAUCAGAAAAAACAGACAAAAUGCAGCCAUUCUGCCUUGUCCCAUCAGAACGGAUCUCACUGUGCUUGCCAAGGUCAACUUUGAGGACUGCCUUCAAGAUUUCUAGCCUGGGGGUGUGUGUGAGGGGAGGAGAAGGGGUGAGUGGGCUAUCUGAUUCCCUGAUGCCCUGCUCUUACUUCCAGGUUUUUAAAAAUUCGCUUUUUCCUCCC